AUAAUGAAUAACAGCGCUAACGACUUCGGCGCUCAGUAAAUUAUUAUGCAUAUAGAUUGCUGGAAAAACUUCUUUUGUAACUGAAAGAGUAAGUAUUUUCACCAUACUCAAGGAGAUAUUAGAAAAUAAUUAAAUUCACUGUACUUGUUUCCGUAUUUGAUCUUUAUAUAAACAGCCAACCGCAAGGGCGAUUAGUGGAUUAUAGGAACACAGCAAUCCAAAAUCCUUGUUACAGUUACCUGUUGUUUAUAAAGCUGCACAGCACUGCUUACGACAUUAAAAAUGGAAUUUGACGACAUUUUGCUCGACGUUGGUGAUUAUGGCCGCUACCAGUUGUUCAUCUUGUGCGGUUUUAUCCUGCCAGUUUGUCUUUUUGCCGGGAUACAUUCUUUCAUACAGCUCUUCCAAUCCGUGACCCCCAAGAGUUUCCGGUGUCACAUUCCCGAACUCGAACAUUUCAACGCCACAAUGCAGCUAAUUGGUAUUCCACGGUCCGUCAAACAAUUUUUUUAUGAAAGCGAAAGCCCAGUCUAUCAGUAUGACCAGUGCACUAUGUUCACCGCCAACUACACUGCCCUGCACGGCAUUCUGCAUAACUCCCCAAACAGUUCCGCCACCAAUGUUACACAGUCUCCCAUUGCUCCCUGUCAAAGCGGAUGGAUCUACCAGAAUGUUCAAAUUCACAGUGUUGUGACGGAAUUCGAUUUGGUGUGUUCACGUGACUGGUUGGUCACUUUGGCUUUGGUCUGCUUUACGCUGGGCAGUGUGUGUGGGUUGCUCGUUUUUGGCUUGGUGUCGGAUUAUUUUGGCCGGAAGAUUACGAUUUUCAUGAUUCUAGCACUGCAGGCCAUAUUCGGACUAUUGUCAUCCUUCGCUCCCAACUUCGCUGCAUGGUGUACGUGCCGGUUUUUCAUUGGUUUGACGGUUCCCUCAUCUUUGCGCAUUCCCAUGAUCUACGCCAUCGAACUGGUGCGACCGGAGAAACGUACCCGUGUCGGCAUUCUCUCCACUGCUUCGUACGCCGUCGGAACGAUUAUGUUGGCCGGUCUGGCCUACAUUUUGCCCGAAUGGCGUCGCCUCUCGUUGGCUACUUCGUUGCCCGAGCUGGUGCUUCUAUUAGCCUGGUUCUUCAUCCCGGAAUCACCGCGCUGGCUGCUGGCCAAACAUCGCAGUGUGGAAAUCAAAGACUUCCUGCGCUUUACGGCCCAAGUUAAUGGGAAGAUUUUAGGUUCUAACACUUUAAACAAGCUAGACUUGAUUCUGGACCACGAAGCUGCUUCAUCGAAUGCAGCAAAGACCAGUCCCACUUUCUUUGACUUGUUUCGACUGCCGAAUCUUCGCAAGAAGACUUUCCUGAUUACAUUCAUUUGGUUCAGUAAUAUUUCCGUCUACAUGGGAUUAAGCUACUAUUCGCCGACGCUGGGUGGCUCAUCACUCUUCUUGAGUUAUCUUUUGUCCAUGGUGAUGGAAAUCCCAGCGUACGGCAUUGUGUGGUUUGUCACCGAGAAGCUCGGCAGGCGCCUGCCGUUGUGUGUGGCUAUGAUUUGUGGCGGGGUGCUCUGUGUGAUUACCGUGGCCCUGCCCGAGAAGAAUCCCGACGCCAUUCUGGUCAUGUACCUCCUGGGGAAGUUCUGCAUUUCAGCGUCAUUUUUUGUGAUUUGCGUUUAUGCCGGUGAAUUGUAUCCGACAGUUGUUCGCGGUAUCGGUCUUGCCACCAGCGCCACGUUCGCCACCCUGGGCGUUUGUCUGGGCCCGGUUAUUAUUCACAUAGGCAAAGAUUAUAUGACCCUUCCUCUGGUGAUCUUUGGCAUAUUUGCCAUUUUGGGAGGAUUCGCUCCGCUCUUUUUGCCGGAAACCUGGCAUCAAAAGCUGCCGGAAACUCUAGCUGAAGGCGAAGAAUUUGGCAGUGAAGCGGUGUGUUUCAAUCUGUUCAAAUUGAAAACAUACGAGAGCACGAAGCAUCAGCCCAUCCCAGGCAUGAUCGGCGCAUCCGAAACCAAGGAGAAGAGUAGUUCGCUGGUAACUCAUUCGCUGGAGAAAGAUGAUGCGGACGACGAACUGGCAUUUGAGCGCAAGGCUCACCUGCGUUCCUUUCCGUCGAUACCGCAGAAGAAGGCGGCAGUGCGUCUGAACAGUGCCACUUAUCUGAUGUCGAAACAGGAUCGUGCAGCUCUGUCUUGAUUUUCUACAGAACGUUUUGCAAAUUCUUCUUAUAUAUGUAUUUGUACAUUAUUGUUAUACCUUUAUAAUUUUUAAAUACUUACGUGCCCAUACUAAUGCCUUUAAUUUGGCCAUAAUGGUCUUAUAAUUCUACAGCGUUUUCACCCCAAGUCGUCAUAAUUUGCACCGAGUGCGAGAAACGUGAUGCUAGAAGUACAGUUAAGGUGAUGUCCAUUUCGCAAUUCUUAAGUAGUGCGGUACCAUAUUUAUUUUGCUUAAGUUUCCUUGAAUAAUGGUGCAACAACGGACACAUGACCUUGAAUAAAGGUCAUGUGCCCGUUUGCUAACGCGAAACUGGACGCAUCAACAGGAUUGUCGGAUGACAG